UGAAAUAUAAUAAUUUCGAAAACUAUUCAAAUAAAGAAUAAAGCAAAAAAUUAAUAAAAAAAAAAACUAAAAAAUUUUUGAUUUGUUUGUGCGGGAAUCAAAUCAUAAAGCAAAAACUAAAGUACAUUAAAAAAAGCUUCAAGGAAACUCAAAUAUUUGUGAACUCAUAAAAGCGGAAAUAGCUGCAAUUUCGGUCAAUAAAAGCUAUCGGCAUCAAAAGCAGCGCGCUAUUAGCCAAAUUGCACUCAAAUGAAAAAAAACAUAACAAUUGAAACAAAACAAAAACCCUCACAUAAAUUGCCUGCGCGCUUAGAAGCUAGCCAUAAUAUUUGUAGUCAAAAACGUGGUCACACGAAUAAAAGGUGUAGAAAAUGUGUUAUUUAUACUGUAGUUGUAGUUGUUAUUGUACAACAGUGCGUCGAAUUAGCGAACAUUUCCUGGUUCGCGUGUGAAAUUUUGGCAGCUUAUAGUACCAACGGCUGUUGCACUCAUCUCCCUGCCAACCCACUCCCCAAUCUGCCCCUAUCUCCUGCCGACUGGAGCUACGUAUGGACAAGCCAUCUGACGAAUGGCCCACAGAGAAGUAGCCAAAUGUUUGUGGAUGCAUGUAAAUAUCCAUAGGUGAGCGGUAGCGGCAGCAAAAGUGGCAGAGUAACGGUACAGCCAGCUGAAUAUAUAAACACAAACCGGAAACCGAAAUGGUGAUAGCUAAAUAAAGCUGGUAAACGUGCAAAUAACCGUAUAAAGGCAACAAAACUAACAAGAAUUGUGAAAAAGUGAAAUAUUACUGCAAAAUAAAAACAACGAAAAAGUGACAAACAGACAGCGCUAGUUUACUGCAAAGCAAAAAAAGAACACCAAAUAUCGGCUCGUUCGUGUAAAGGAAAUUGCAAAAUUUGUUGUAACCACAAGCAAAAAAAAAAAGUCAUUCGCACAAAAAACAAAUCGAAUUUCCACUUGCACAGAAAAAAGUGAAAUUUCGAAAUUUUUCGCAUAGUCCAGUUGGCAUAUGCAAAUCUGUGCAGGAAGAACCCACAAAAAUAAGGCAAAUUUUUUGUGAAUUUGUGCGCAAAUUUUAAAUUUUUUCAUAUUGGACUUUUUUUAAUUUACCAAGCAAACAUUUUCGCAUGUCGCAUUCAAUUUUUUUUUACACGUGAAUUAGAUUUUGCACUUCGUGGGUUAUGAACAACGAAUUUCGUAUAAAAAAUUGUGUGUUUAUGUAGUGUGUGUAUUUGAGUUAAUAUAACAGUGAACGUGUGUAGUUUGUGCCUCAUAUCAUAUACUCGAGCUCACUACACAUAUCAUCUUUAUCUGGAAUUUCCCAUAUUGACGCAGACUGCAGCGCUUGCAAGUGCAAAUUGUUCGCGACAAUUUAGUUGUUACCGUCGUUACUGUUGCUGCGUAUCAGAAGCAGCCCGUUUUUUGCCGUUGCAGUCGGGUGUUGAGUAAUUAAGCUCACAGUCUGCUCAUCAAGAUGAUCGCUUUCCUAACGCUGUUCUUCUAUAUGACAAGUCUGACAAUGUGCUACCAACGGCUUUCGGUGAACAACAACAAUCACAAUAAUUUAGACGCAAAGCCCACACAUAUGCCACCGUUACACUAUCCGCACGGGCACAGAUGGAAUGAACCGUUUUUUGACUUAACGAUGCCAAAAAAUAUAACAUCGCUCGUGGGUAAAUCGGCAUAUUUGGGAUGUCGUGUCAAACAUUUGGGUAAUAAAACGGUUGCCUGGAUACGUCAUCGUGACCUACACAUACUCACUGUGGGCACAUACACCUACACCACAGAUCAACGGUUUCAGACAUCAUACCAUCGUGAUAUUGACGAAUGGACAUUGCAAAUUAAAUGGGCACAACAGCGUGAUGCUGGUGUUUAUGAGUGUCAAAUAUCGACACAGCCAGUACGAAGUUUCUCCGUCAAUCUAAAUAUUGUGGACACCAUCGACGAUGAGACGAGCAGCAUGUUGCAGCAGUACUACAGUGACGAUGCAUUUUAUAUAAGCUCCGAUCGCAUUUACCAGACCAGCGACGAUGAGUUCGCGGGCAUGUUUGGACACAUACAAACCGUAGCGGUGCCCACAGCAAGUAUAUUGGGUGGACCUGAUCUGUAUGUGGAUAAAGGUAGCACAAUUAAUCUGACAUGUGUAAUAAAGUUCAGCCCGGAGCCACCGACACACAUUUUUUGGUAUCAUCAAGAUAAGGUCCUUUCGGAAGAGACAUCUGGCGGUCGCCUUAAAUUCAAAACUAUCAAAUCAGAAGAAACUAAAUCAAUACUACUCAUAAAUGAUGCUGAUUUACUAGAUUCUGGCAAGUAUUCCUGUUACCCAUCGAAUACGGAAAUAGCUAGCCUGCGUGUUCAUGUGUUGCAAGGCGAGCGACCAGAAGCAAUGCAAACGAAUUCAGCGCCCACCGCCCGACACAGCGCCGCCGCCCAACCUACCAAACUAAUCAGCGCGAUAGUUGGUGCAUUUGUUUUAUUGCAAAUAUUAACGGUACUCUGUAAGAAUGCCGGCAAUCUAACGGAACACGAAAAAAUCAAUGAUCAAAGUAAAUGUAUUCAGCAUCAAGCGAUGGUGGCAUGCAACAACAGCAAUGGUCACAGUAGUUGUACAGCAAAACAAAGUCAGCCGCACAAUCAGCAACAACGACCACAGUGUGUACAACAAAAUCAACAGCAACCGUUUGCACGCAGUAUUGUGACUUUGCUUGCAUUGGCGUUAUUGCAAUGCAACAAUGUGACAGCUGUUGACAGACAGUGUGGCGUUGUGCCCUCAACCGCACAGCUGACGUAUUGCAGCCCACAACAACAACGACGGCGGCAAGAACAACAGCUAUGCAAAGCGCAAACAGUCAGCUCUGGCAUCGCCAGCGUCAAAUCGGCAUCGUCUGCGCGGUGAUAAACUAAUCAGUUCUAACUGCCACACGAGAGCCAAGUACUGCGCUGCUGGAUGGAGGUCUUGGAUGGCUGACUGUUGAGCGCUGGGCGCGCACAGGGUGGGAGAGACCACAAUUCUCGCACAAAGCGGGUGUGUGUCACUCUUAUCACCUUCCCAUACAAAUAUAUGUUUGUUUUUGUAUGAGUGUGUGUGUAUGUGUGUUAAUAAUGUUGACGAGGAAAAGAGCCGAAGGACCGCUCUAAGGACUCUAAAGAAUUCAAGUAGUGCAAUUUAUAUAAAACUUUGGUCGGCUAGUUGCAAAGUAAUAAUUUUUACGAGCACAUUUUAAUAAGUAUGCCCAAAGUAAGUAAGGAUACGCAAAAGCAUAAACAAAAUAUAUAGUGACUAAGAAUUUAGAGUAAGAAGAAAAUAAUUACCCAGUAACUAAGUACAUACAUAGAAUAUAUUGCAAGUGAAUAAGUGAAAAUAGUAUAUCUAUAACGGGUAUAAAAUACCUUUAGAUAAAUUUAUGUAAACUUGAUGUAUUAUUUAAAGUUUCAAAGUUGUAUAGAAUUAAUUGGAAAAAGAGCAAAAACCAGACAAAAAUUCGGAAUAAUAAAUGCGAAAACAAUUAAAAUUAA